AUGUACUUUGACGAAGCCGCUAAUGAAUAUGGUUGUGGGAUAGGAGUAUUACUCAUAGCACCUGAUGAUUUCCACAUACCCUUAGCUUUCAAACUUCGGUUCAAAGUGUUCAAUAAUAAAGCAGAGUACGAGGCGUGUAUUAUUGGAUUAGAAGUUGCCUUGGAACUAGGGACAAUACAGUUUGAAAAGCUGACAUUUACGUAUUUGCUAAGAGAGAACAACCGGUUCCUUGAUGCAUUGGCAACUCUAUCUUCUAUGGUAGACAUCCCACUUAGGGUCAAGAUGCAUCUGAUCAUCAUUGAACAGAAAUAUACGUCUGCCUAUAAGACCAUUGCCGCAAUAGACAAGGUUCAAGACAAGAACCCCUGGUAUUAUGACAUUUGGAAUUUCCUGGAGAAGGAUGCAUAUCCACCAGGGGCAAAUGCCAAAGACAAACGAGGAAUACGGCGUCUAGUCGUUCUGUUCAUCAUUUGCGGAAACAAGCUUUGGCAGAAGGAUCAGUUGCAAGACAGAGUAGUAGUAGUGAAGGUAGUUAUGGACAGUUAUGAUCUUUUGAAUUUGCGGUUGUAUAUCUUGAGAAUUGACUCCGUGCAUGUAAAGUAG